AUGUAUUUGGUUGCAACUGAACGUAAAUCACUGUUACCUUUACGAUUACGAGCGCCUGGUGGUGUUGGUUGUCGUCCAACAACACCGAUGCCAUCAGUUUCUGAUAAUAAUAAUAAAUCAACAUUAUCAGUCGGCAAUCGUGUUUUAGUCAAUGGACUUAAAACAGGUAUUCUUCGUUAUAUCGGUACAGUUAAAUUUGCAACGGGAACAUUUUGUGGUGUUGAACUUGAUCAACCCGAAGGAAAACACGAUGGAGAAAUAAAAGAUGUUCGAUAUUUUCAAUGUCGACCGAAUCAUGGAAUAUUUGUACCUAGUGAUAAAGUUGUUGUAGAACCUCGUGCAAGAACAUUAACCACACAAAGACCCGUAAGUCGUUUAAAAGCGCCAACAAUGACACGUUCAAUAACGCUGACAUCAUCAAUUAAUAAAAUUGAAGAAUCAAAAACUGUUGAAUUACCUGAUAUUUUAGCGAAUACAACUUUUCAACCGGUGAUACUCAAUGAAUCCAAAAUGAAUGAAAAUCACGAAAUUACCAUAACGAAUCACCAACGAAAAGAAGAGACGAUUGAUGUCGUUGAACCGAAAAUUGAAUUUCAAUCAUUAGCAAUCGAUGAGCCACCAGAAACGAUUGAAGCAGAUUUUACUGACAGUGUUUCGUUAAUUUUACAUCAACUUCAACAAGAUCAAAAUCUAGAAACACGUUCGAAUUCAAUUACAAUUAGUGAAGAAGAUACUGAAGAAGAAGAUGAUGAUGAUGAUGUAACAGACAACGAAAGUAUUGUUGAAUCAACAGUUGACGAAAGAAUCAACGAAAAUUUACAUUCUUCAUCUUCAUCGGUUUUUACACCGAUUGAUUCAGACAAAUUUGUUCAAACGGAUUUAUCAUUUCAUUCGAAUGAUGAUAUUUCAUUUGCGAAAGUUGAAUCAUCCACCAAACAAAACUCUUUAGCGAAUUCGACAGCAUCAAUUAAUAGAUUAGGAGUCAAUAAAAAAGUUGAAACUACAAACGUUAAUAAGAAAAAGCCAAUCAGUCAACCUGUUAAGAAAAAUACCGAACAACGAUCUGUGGCAUCAGUAGUAAAUACAACGAAACGUCCAGUGAAUCCAGUAACGCUUCGAAAUUCAUCGAUUGUACCGCCAAAAAAAUUACCACCACCUCGAAUUCAACUCAAUGCUGCGCACUCGGCAGUUUCACUGCCAUCGCAAUCGAAACUUAGUUUAUCACUUUCAUCAUGUAAUUCAUUGAACAGUAGUCAGUCAGAUUUACCAUCGAUCAAUAAAAAUUCAAAUAUAAAACCGACAUUAGAUAGAAAUCUAGAGAAAUCUCCAUCAGUGGAUCGUUCUCCAACUAAUUCAGAAAAGAAACUCGACGAAUCUCAUGAACAUAUAAAUCUACUCGGUCAACAAUUAUUGAUUCAGAAAAGUCAUAGUGAAUCUCUUGAAAUUAAUAAUGAACGUUUGAAAAAGCAUUAUCAACAUUUAAUUAAUCGAUUCGAUCUUCUGUAUAUUUUGACUCAGUUUUUUAUGAACGAAAAUGAGCAAAGUAAAGAACAGUAUAAACAUCAACUAUCUAAAGCUCGAACAACACAAGAUCAAUUAAAAACAUCAAUAGAAUAUUUACGAUCAUCUCAUAAAAAUGAAUUGUCUGAAAUAAAUAAACGUCAUCAAAAUCAAAUUGAAAACUUAAAUAAAACAAACGAACAGAGGCUAAAUGAAUAUCAACAAAAAUUGGAUAAUUUAUUAAAUGAAAACAAUCAAUUGGAAGCUCGUUGUUCAGUAUUACAAGAAAAAGUUGAUGGUUUCUUAACUGAAAUGGCCAAUAGUGAACAUGCCGAUGUUCUAUUAUGUCAUGUUGAAACAUUAGAAAAAGAUCGAACGAGUUUACAGACUGUUCUUGAACUUAAAAAUAAAGAAAUUACACAAUUACGAACAAAACUCAAUGAACAAGAAAUUCAAUUGAACGAUGAAAAAGCAUUACGAAAACGUAUUGAUAUGGCUGAAAAUCAAAAUCAAAAUCUUUUAUAUCUUCUUCAACAGAAGAAAUUGAGUGAAAAGACUGCUGUAGUUGAACGAGAUCAAUUAAAAGAACAAGUAGUUCAAUUUGAACGAGAUAAUUGUCAAUUAAAAUUUGAAAAUGAAACAUUACGGUAUCGUCUUCGUGAACGGUCAUUAUCCAUUUCGAUGCCAUCAGAUAAUCCAAUUACAGUCCCAACUGAAUCGAUUUCGGCUUCUUCUCCAAAUAGGCAAGGUCGAAAUCGUGCAUGUAGUUUAUCAUCUAUAAUGAAUAUUGCACAUGAGAAUGAAAGCAUUACUCGUUCUUUAUCGUCAUUGAAUUGUAUUCUUAAUCGGUAUUUACGUAUAUCAGCAAAUAUAAUUAUAUUACAUCCCGAAUAUGAUAUAAAAACCAAAGUAAAUGAUAUUGCUCUUAUUGCAUUAAAUAGAUCAGUUGAUUUAACUGAUAAAACAAUUGGUUUUAUAUGUUUACCAAUGGCUACAUUACGCUAUCCAGCAUUAUUUCCUUCUGAUCAAGCAGAUGCUGUGGCUAUUGGAUGGGGACGUGUCAAGGAAAGCGCCUUUGGUCGUGCUAGCAAAGUACUUUUACAAGUUGAAUUACCGAUCCUAUCGCCAUAUAUUCGACUGUUGAAUUGUGCCGAUCAUGGCGGACCUUUGAUGUUGACCUAUAAUCAAACAUGGCCAAUAGUCGGAACCAGUAGUUAUGGUGAAGGAUGUGCGCGAGCUCAUAAACCGGGUGUUUAUACUCGUGUAAGUGCUUAUCGUGAUUGGAUCAAUUAUACAGUAAACAAGAAUGAAUUGAACUAUGAUACACAAGUUUUUAAUAUACAAAAUAAUAUUGGCAUGAGUAAUGAUCUUGAGAUUUGGUGGGAUGGAGAGAAUUUCGAUGAUUAUCUAAUACUUGUCCUCAAUAAGUAA